AUGCAAUUUAGUAUUACAAAAUUUACUACUUCUGCAGGCUGGUUAACAAACUUUAAAAGAAAAUAUAAUGUUCAAUCUUAUGUUAAAUUAGGUGAAGCUGCUAAUGAUACUUUUUUAGAAAAAAUUAAUAAAUAUAAACAAGAAAUUGCUGAAAAAUUAUAUGAAUAUGCAUUGGAUGAUAUUUAUAAUUGUGAUGAAAUAGGUAUUUAA